UAAAAUAAAUAUUUCUAAAGAAUCUAUAAUUAAUCUCAAUACAAAGGUAUUGCAACAUGGGGAAUUCUCAGACAAAUUUUUUAUCAAGCAUUGAUCUGGUUCAGACUGCUCAGGCCGAAUAUGAUUUUCUUCACCAUGUUGACAAAUACCCAGCUUUGUACUUUGAAAAUGUUUUAAGAAAUGCAGUUUACCGCUAUGAAAACUACUGGCUACCACUUGUUGCCAAAUAUGAUUUAGUUGUUGUUGCUCCAUUAGAUAUUGAAUGGGUUUGGCAUGCACAUGUAUUGAAUCCUAAUGCAUAUAAUCGAGAUUGCAGAAAAAUUGUUAGAAAAGUUAUUGAUCAUGUUCCAAUGUUUCUUGCAUUACAUACACAAAAUGUUUCUCAGAAAUAUUGGUGUAAUGAAUAUCCAAAUAUACCAUAUGAAAUUGAUCUUUUUAACUCAAAACCAGUACUUUUGUCGUCAAAACCUUUUAAAUGUUCGUACAAUAUAGUAGCAGCUGCUCAGCGUCAAAGAGUCUUUAGCUAUAAUGUAUUACUUCCACACUUCAGAGAUGCUAAAUUUUUAAGCAAAGCAGUAAAACGAUAUAAAACCAUGAUUGCUAUAAAAAAAGUAAACCCAGAAACAUAUUUAGUACCAUGUUAUGACUUUGGUUUAAUUUGGCAUAGCCAUCAACAGCACGUGUUUCUUUAUCAAUCCGAAAUGACGUUUAUUUAUGGAUCUAUUUCAUUCCAUGAUGACUCGAGUUUAGAUUUUCAAUUAUGCAAGGAUGAAAAAGAGAAAACAAUUUACUUAUGGAAAAAACAAUCACUCAAACAAUACGAAGUAAAUGGAGGAAUGUUUCGUGGCGAACCAUUUUUACCAAACUUAGAUCAUGAUAGUGGCUUUUUUUCUCGCUCUAUUACAAACAAUUGGGUCUCGUCAUGUAACAUUAUGGCAUUAAGUUUGACCAAUAUUCCAACUUACAAUGGUUGCAUUGAUGACAUUGUUAAUGUCAAUAUCGUGGUUAAACAAAAUAGCUACAUAAUUUAUGAAUAUAGUAACAGUUUUAAAACAAUGGAUGGGAUAAUUAAUGUUGUAUUUUACCGAGGUCAAAAUGCUUUUCAGUUAAAUUCAAACUUUAUGUAUGAAGUUUAUAUAUAUUGCACUUAUCCUUCGAUUGAUAAAGUAUUCUACGGAAAAUUAAUACCUGUCAAAGUUUCGACUGCUGUUACUCAGUAUGAAAUAUCCUUAAAAUGUCAAUUAAACGAAUCAAUAACUUGUAUUAUAUCAACAAGUAUGGACAAUUAUUUACUGAAAUCAAACGCUUUGUUUAAAACCGCAGGGAAUUAUAAAGUCAUCAAGUCAAAAUUAGAAGAUGCUGUUAAAUCUUUAAAAACGUGUUUUCCGACGCCGGAUUUUUAUUCUGGAUAUUUUUGUGAAUAUUGUGUUAAUGAACUAAACCCAUUUGAUACAGAAUUAUUAAAAUUAAAAUGGAAAGUAGUUCAUUCAAAAGAUCCUUCACUUGUUGUUAUAGAGCUGUAUGAUUAUUCCGGAGCAAUCAUUGCAACAUCGCAUACAGUUGAUUGGUUUUCUUUUCCAUCUAGUGUACAAAUAUCUGAUUCAAAAACGUGUUUUAGUUACAACCCAGCUGUCGAGCGAGCGAUGUUAAUAAGAGGAAUAGAAGGAGACUGGGCAAUAAUGAAGUCCAGUAUUUGCUAUGAGGGCACAUCUAGAAGCAAAAAGUCAGUUAUGCAACUGUUUAUUUUAAAUGGACGAGAAUCAAGAUUUAUAGAUAUAGAAAGUUAUAAUUUAAUGUUUGAAUGUCGCGUAGCAAAUGGUACAAUCCUAGUAAACUUAUCUUCAGGAAACAUUACAUUGUCUGAAGGUUUAACUGAUGUUCCAGAGUGUCUUUGUAUUGGUUUAUCAAUUGCAGUUUUAUAUAUUCUUAGCCACCUCAUGUCGAACGAACUAGACACACUAGAAAUUAAAUUAAAUUCCUCUUGUAGUAUGCUACAGAGUAUAGGUUUAAUCUUUACGUUAGUUCGCAACCAAAAACUGAUAUAAAAGACUGAUGAAAUGAAUAAAAGU